AUGAGCUCUGAGGGCGGCCACCGCGGCAGCCGGGGUCCUGGGGCGGAGAGCGGGGACGCCGAGCGGCCGCCGCCGCCGCCGGCAGAGACGGCCCCGGUUCCUGCGGCCCCGCGCUACCUGCCGUCGCCGCCCGCAACGCCCGCCACCGCCGAGCUCGCCGCGGGGCCGGACGGAGCGCGGGGGGAAGUGGCCCCGCGGCGCCGGGGCGCAGACGAGCCGCCGCCGCCGCCGCCCCUGCCGCCCGCGGGCCAGGAGGGGUCGGCGGCAGGAGACUCCGGGGAAGGUGCGAGGCGCCUGCCGGAGGCGGCGGUCCCCGAGGCGGCGGCGGCGGGGAAGGGCGGCUCUGGGGAGCCUGAGGCCGGUGCGGGCGGGGAGGGCGAGCGGCGGAGCGCCGGCGACCAGCCCGAGACGCGCUCGGUGUGCAGUAGCCGCAGCAGCAGCAGCGGCGGCGGCGACCAGCGCGCCGGGCACCAGCACCAGCACCACCAGCCCAUCUGCAAGAUCUGCUUCCAAGGCGCCGAGCAGGGUGAGCUGUUAAAUCCCUGCAGAUGUGAUGGGUCAGUUCGGUACACACAUCAGCUGUGCCUGCUGAAGUGGAUCAGCGAGAGAGGUUCCUGGACUUGUGAACUCUGCUGUUACAGAUACCAUGUCAUAGCCAUUAAAAUGAAACAACCUUGCCAGUGGCAAAGCAUUUCUAUAACACUGGUUGAGAAAGUUCAGAUGAUUGCUGUAAUCCUAGGAUCCCUGUUCUUAAUAGCGAGUGUGACUUGGCUCCUCUGGUCUGCCUUCAGCCCCUAUGCAGUGUGGCAGAGGAAGGACAUCCUUUUCCAAAUCUGCUAUGGAAUGUAUGGUUUUAUGGAUCUAGUGUGCAUAGGUCUCAUUGUCCAUGAAGGAGCUGCAGUUUACAGAGUGUUUAAGCGCUGGCGAGCUGUUAAUUUGCACUGGGAUGUAUUAAAUUAUGACAAAGCCACGGACAUCGAAGAAAGUAGCCGCGGAGAGUCUUCCACAAGUAGAACUUUAUGGUUGCCAUUGACGGCUCUGCGGAACAGAAACUUGGUCCACCCAACACAGUUAACCUCACCCAGGUUUCAGUGUGGCUACGUGUUAUUUCAUCUGUUCAAUCGAAUGAGGCCACAUGAAGAUCUGUCAGAAGAGAACAGCUCGGGGGAGGUUGUGAUGAGAGUGACUUCAGUGUGA